AUGAUGUCUCCCCAUACUUCAAGACGGAGCCAGUGAGGAGCCAAGUGCACCUGGAGGGGAACCGCCUGGUCCUGACCUGCAUGGCAGAGGGCAGUUGGCCCCUCGAGUUCAAGUGGCUGCACAACAGUCGGGAGCUGACCAAGUUCUCCCUGGAAUACCGGUACAUGAUCACCUCUCUGGACCGCACACACGCCGGGUUCUACCGCUGCAUCGUCCGCAACCGCAUGGGAGCUCUGCUGCAGCGCCAGACCGAGGUGCAGGUGGCCUACAUGGGGAGCUUUGAGGACAGCGAGACGCAGCAGAGCGUGUCCCAUGGGGAGGCAGCUGUGAUCCGCGCCCCACGCAUCGCCAGCUUCCCCCAGCCACAGGUCACCUGGUUCCGGGAUGGAAGGAAGAUCUCCCCCAGCAGCCGCAUUGCCAUCACACUGGAGAACACUCUGGUCAUUCUCUCCACGGUGGCCCCAGAUGCAGGACGUUACUAUGUGCAGGCAGUGAAUGACAAGAAUGGGGACAACAAGACGAGUCAGCCCAUCACUCUGACUGUGGCCAAUGUGGGUGGCCCAGCUGAUCCCAUUGCACCCACCAUCAUUGUCCCACCCAGGAACACCAGUGUGGUGGCUGGGACCUCAGAGGUGACCAUGGAGUGUGUGGCCAAUGCCAGGCCACUGAUAAAGCUGCACAUCAUCUGGAAGAAGGAUGGGGUGCCCCUCUCCAGCGGCAUCAGCGACUACAGCCGCCGCCUCACCAUCCUGCACCCGGUGCUGAGUGACAGUGGCUACUACGAGUGUGAGGCUGUGCUGCGCAGCAGCAGUGUGCCUGCUGUGGCUGCGGGUGCCUACCUGUCUGUCCUGGAGCCCCCACAGUUCAUCAAGGAGCCAGAGAGGCACAUCACAGCCGAGAUGGAGAAGGUGGUGGCCAUCCCCUGCCAAGCCAAGGGUGUCCCCCCUCCCGAGAUGGCCUGGUACAAGGAUGCUGCCCUCAUCCACCUGGAGAAGCUGUCGCGCUUCCAGCUGCUGGAGGAUGGCAGCCUGCAGAUCAGUGGGCUGGUCCCCGACGACACCGGCAUGUUCCAGUGCUUCGCCCGCAACGCGGCUGGAGAGGUGCAGACCACCACGUACCUGGCUGUGACCAGCAUUGCCCCCAACAUCACUCGGGGUCCCCAGGACAGCACAGUGAUUGAUGGCAUGUCUGUCAUCCUCAACUGCGAGACCUCAGGGGCUCCUCGCCCAGCCAUCACCUGGCAGAAAGGGGAGCGGAUCCUGGCCAGUGGCUCCGUGCAGCUCCCACGCUUCACACUGCUGGAGUCAGGCAGCCUCCUGCUCAGCCCUGCACACCUGGCUGAUGCUGGCACCUACACCUGCCUGGCCACCAACUCCCGUGGCGUGGACGAGGCGUCUGCUGACCUGGUGGUCUGGG